AUGUCGGAGCAGCCGUUGCCGCAGCCGCGGAGCAGCAUGAGGGAGGCGCUGCAGAAGGAGGACAAGGAGAAGGCGUCGGCGGCGGCGCCCAAGGAGAAGGCGGCCGUGGCCCCGCCGCACGUCGCCGCGCCCCCCAUGGCCAAGAACGGCGGCGGGAACGGGGGCAAGGGCGGCCACGGGGCCCAGCCGCCGGCGGCGGAGGAGACGACGCGGGAGAUCCAGGUGGUGCGCGAGGCGUACCGGCAGCCGGCGGCCCCGGCGUACGUGAUGCCCGAGGAGCCCCCCGCCAUGGUGGAGCUGGUGGGGUGGUACCUCUACGGCUUCUGCUCCUUCUUCAUCACCCACCUGCUGCUGCCGGUGCUGUUCCCGGCCAUCGUCACCCAGGUCGCCUUCCCCUCCUCCGACUUCACCCCCGAGGCCAAGUACACCGUCAAGGGCGCCUCCUGCUCCGUCCACGAGAUGUCCAUGUACCAGAGGCUGACCAAGUACACCAUUGCCAUCUCUAGCUCCCACAUGUCGCCCCUGGGCUGGAGCGCCCUCUCGUGGGCGAUCGGCAUCCUCCUCGUGGCGCCGCUCCUCACCCAGGUCGCGCACCACCUCGACCGGGGCCAGUACCAGUCGCUCAUCCUCAUCGCCGCGACGUCGUUCGGCUCCUUCUUCUGCCUGCUCACCGGCUUCUUCAAGACGGUCUGGGUGUUCCUGUUCUACAUCCUCUUCAUCGCCGCGUCCAUCAUCAUCGCCGAGGCGGUGCACACCCGCAACCUCGGGCUGAUGAUCCGCGGCCUUGCCGCCCAUGACUCGGGCAAGCACCUUGUCCUGCGCCGCCGCGCUGCUGCCAGCCAGCUCAGCCUCUACUGCACCGCCAUCGGCGGCAUCGGGGCGGCGCUCAUGGCUGCGUUCAUGUACCACAUGCUGAGGCGCACUGACCAGCUCACCGGCCUCUGGGUCGUCUCCAUCUUCAGUGGCCUCAUCUGGUUCAUCGGCAUCUGCCAUGGCCUCUUCACGAACAGGCCCAGCAGCUCGUCGCCCACCACCGCAUUCGAGCCAAACUUCUUCAGCAAGCUCAAGUACAGCAUGACCAUUGGCCGCUACCCACAGGCCAUCGGAAGCUUGGUGGCUGUGUUCCUGUCAUCCUUCGCCACAAUGUGCAUCUUCACCAGUGGCACGCUCUACGCCAUUGGCGGCGUCUGCAUCAAGCCGGUCCUGGUGCUCGCGCUGUGGAUCCUCUACUUCCUGUUCCCGCUCAUCUCGCUGCCGCUGCUCCACCCGAUCCAGAUCAUCAUCCGCGCCGACGCCGUCCGCAUGCAGCUGCUGGGGUUCAUCAUCGCCCUCUUCGUCUCCGGCGCCGGGUUCUACUUCAAGAGCCACAGGUGGAGGGCCGCCCACAUCAUCAUCAUCGCCCUCGUCCAGAGCACCGCCAACGGCAUCCUCUACUCCUUCGGCCGCAUCCUGCUGCUCGACGCCUCGCCGCCGGGCAAGGAGGGCGCGUUCGCCAUCUGGUACGCGUACGUCCGCUGCAUGGGCGCCAUGAUCGGCUUCGCCGUCGCGUCUGCCGGCCCUGGGCGCGCGGGAGGGUCCUUCGCUGCUGCAUUCCUGGGCAGCUUCCUCGGCAUCAUCGUGCUCAUCUUCGGCAAUGUCAGCAACGUCGGGGCGCUCAAGGCCGCCGGGCAUCUCAAGGGCAUGGAGGACGAGAAGAGGAUCGGCGAGAAGGGCGAGGGCAUGAGCGCCGUCGCCGACUCCGGCGAGUCCAGGGGGAGGGUAUGA